AUGCCUGCCCACGCACGCGGCGGGCCAGCGCCCACCGGUCCUGCUGGCUGGCAGAACGAUGCCAGGUUUGCCCAGAUCCAACCGCCCACCGGUCCAUCGAACAGGAUGCCUGCACAACCACACAUCGCAAAGAUGCCGCAGCCUGCAGCUACUGCUUCUGUAGGUGCGCCGAUCAGCGUGCCCACUGCGCCUGCCAUCCCCGAGCCGGCUGCGAUUCCCACCUUCUCGCACAUCCCUUACUUCACCGCGAUUCAGCUCGAGACGCUGUACGCCCGCAAACGCGGCGCCCGCAUGUCAGCAUCGACAUGGCUCAACAAUCGUGAUAUCGCCUCUGGCUUCAUUCAGUCUGUCGCAUCUCGACUCGGUUUCCCGCAGCGGACCAUUGCGACGGCGCAGCAGAUCUACCAGCGUUUCCACCUCUUCUAUCCGCCCUCGGACUUUGUACUGCACGAGAUUGCGGUCGCCUCGCUCUUUGUCGCGGCCAAACUCAAUGACACGCACAAGAAGCCGAGAGACUUGCUUUUGGCAAGCUAUGCUCUCCGUUUCCCGCAGCUUGUCAAAGGUGGUGGGUCAUCUGUCCCAGAUGCUGCUGUAGCUGGACCAUCGGCUUCAGCGCCGGCUUCGACAGCAGACGAGCCAACCUUUCCCACCCUUGCGGGUCAGAAGCGCAAGCAUGCGGCUGUAGGAGCACCAACGAGCAAUGACACCUCCACCCCACGACCACUCGCCAUGGCCAUCGGCAGCGUAGGCGAAGCCGACAUCGACCCCACCAUCCUCGAGACCGACCGCAAACGGCUCAUGGCGCUCGAAAAGCUCAUCAUCGAAAGCCUCUGCUUCAACUUCCACAGCAACGCCAACACCACGCUCAAGAUGGUCAUCAAACUUGGGCGUCGGAGUCGCCUGUCCAAAUCGUUUGUUCGUACAGCGUGGAAGGUGGCCGCCGACCUAUUUCGGACUUCGGCGCCGCUGCAGUAUGCGCCGAAUGUGAUUGCUGUGGCGGCCUUGUAUGGGGCUGCGUUGUUGGCGAGGCCGCCGCCGAGGACGACGUUGCCUUCCGAGCAGACUGGAGGGGAGGAGGAGGAGUCGCAUGAUGCACUAGUGGCGUUUUUGAACAGCAUCAAGGCGGUCUCUGCCACACCGGCGCCGCAGUCCCCCGAUGAGCCUUCACCAGCAACGACUGUUCCGCUGGCAGAACCUUUUCCCGGAUGCGACGCUCUCACCCACGUUCACAUUGAAGACGUGGAAGAAUCGGUGCACGAACUGCUCGAUCUCUACCUCUCCUGUUCCGCUCAACUCCCUCCUUCGCUCUACAUGACCUCCGCUUCGGGAUUGGGUGCUUCGCACGGGCACGGUACGACCCCGUCGCCCUUGUCGCCCGCCGAUCCGCUCGAUGUGUCUCCUUCUUCUUCUGGCGGCGACGUUGCUCCCGCUAGCGCACGCAAGAAGCUUAAGCAGUACGAGUACUCCCCUCCGCCAUUUGGCCUGGUCGACUGGCUCAACUCUUCCCGGUGUAGUCAGCUGCAGGGUGCGGUGGGGGGCAAACCAACCGGCGGAUCGGAUCCCACCGCGCCCACCAAGGAGCUCUCGACCUUGCUGACGGAUCUCAAGAUCUACUUACGGGGGAUCGAGUACGAUCGACAGCGGGCGGACGAUGCGUAUCUCGCCGAGCGGAACAUCCUAGCUGAAGUCAACAUUGUGCCUCUGCCCGGGUCUGCCGCUAUGGAAGCGGGAGUGCAGUCGGUAGGCAUGCUGAGUACGCCCGCUCACUCGGUGGGGAUCGAACUCCGACCGCUCACUGGAACGCAGCCGGCGAUGCUGGAUGAGAAGCAGAAAGUGGUGGUGGAGCGCAUACGGAGACGCAAACUCGUCGCUGCGCUGCGGUUGACAUUUGUCGAACCCGAGGUGGAGAAGCGUCCCCUUCCGCACCCCAUCGAGACCAUCUCGUCAAAAGCGGUGGACCCACCACCUGAAGUAAAACGUCGUAUCGACGCAGCCAAACGCUACCUCUUCUAA